AUGGUUGUUACCUCGAGCACUUUCCUGUCUGGAGAAUGGGCAAGUCUUCCUCUACCCGUUGUGCUUUUGGUUCUGGACAAAAUGUUAGAACCCAUUGACCAUGUCCAUUUUGCUGCUGUUUGCAAGGAAUGGCGUGCUCUUGCAAAAGACUAUAAUCACGCAACGCAACGCUGGCGUCAGCGACUUCCUAUGCUCAUGAUCCCUACAAGAUCCCAAGAAAUUAAGUGA